UAAAAGAAAGAAGAUAACAGACUAAGGAGGACUUUGUCAACAGAGGACAUAUACGUGGUGAACAGAGUGCUGGAGAAGAACAAAAUCACCUGGAAGAAGAAACUCAUAGCCCAGACAAUGUCUCAGAACAGUUACUAUGAUUGUGAGAAACGAGGCCCAAGCUCGAAUUAUUCUAUGCGUCAAGGAGAGAUUGUAGGGAGCAACCUCUGUGAUCCUGAGACCUCUGUUGAUUUGUCCACAUACAUUGAGACAGGAGAAGAACUUUUGUCUGAUCUCUUUCCUCUCAAGCAGGAACGUCUGAAAAGCACAUAUCAAUACAUGCCUUCGGAGGGCUAUCCCUCUGGUGCUCUGUAUGGAUACCCACAUAGCAUGGUCCCAGAUCGUAGAAUAGGAGCAUACGAAUCUGGAGGAGUCAUUGUGAAGGAGGAGACCCGUGGAUCACACAGGGUUGUGUGUAACACUCUACAGUACCAGGCUGCACAGUGUGGACAGACUGCAAUGCACCUACCGCCCCAAAUGGAAGGGGUACACCCAACACUCCGUGUACUGAAGGGACCUCUCUCAGGGAUGCUACCUCCCUCUCCAAUAAAAGAGCCAGGCCACAAAGGAAAGAAGUCAUUGAGUAAAGACAGUUUGGAAUACCGUCUGCGGAGAGAGAGAAACAAUAUCGCAGUGCGCAAGAGCCGCGACAAAGCCAAACGUAGAAAUAUGGAAACUCAGCAGCGUGCCCUAGAAUUCAUGGCAGAGAAUGAGAAGCUGCGUAGUCGCAUACAACAGCUGAACCAAGAGCUUGAAGCAUUGCGAGGGGUUUUCAGGCAAAUCCCUGAGGCGGCUGCAUUGGCCAAAGGAGCUGGAGGCUGCAGCUGAAAGCCAUAAAUGAUAAAUGAAAAGGGCUUAUUAUAGUAUACUAGUCUUAAUGGACUCUGGGUGGGACUUGUGACCACUCCAAUGAAUGUACAUGCAAGAAUUCACAUAUAGUUAUAUAGCUACUAAUUCUAGGCUGGGACUAGUUCACCUCAUAUCACUG